AUGUUUUUCAAGAGGGGCACAAGGAUGUUUGAAUCACUGUUGCUGGUGAUGCUGGGGCUUAUUUUCCUUGGAAAUGUGGGAGCUUUGAAAAUAACAAAAAGAGGAGCAAGUUCCCAAAAGGGUGAUAAUUGUCCCCCAGUGGAGAACAACAGUGUGAAGGUUGACAUCCGCAUCAUGGGUCAACAUCAGGGCAUUCACUCUGCACGUGCCUACCAGAAUCGCUCCAUCUCUCCUUGGGAUUACAACAUCACCAAAGACCCUGACAGAUUCCCUUCGGAGAUUGCAGAGGCCAGCUGCAGGUACUCCACAUGCAUCAAUGCUGAGGGGCAAGAAGACAAUGGGAAGAAUUCCGUCCCCAUCCAGCAGGAGAUCUUGGUUCUCCGGAGAGAGCCAGCACAGAGCUGCUCUCAUUCCUUCCGAUUAGAGAAGAUAUUGGUCACAGUGGGCUGUACCUGUGUUACCCCCAUGACCCGCUCUGUGGCUUGA